CAGACUAGAGCUGAGAGCUGCUCUUUCUCCUCUGCUUGCUGCUCUGGCAUACGCUGUCACCUCAGCAGCCAGCGAGAACGAUGGGAAGCUGGUUCUCCACUGCCUGCCCAAUGCCCGUGAACUCAGUGUCUGCACAGAGCCUGGACCAGUACAUCCAGACCUCCCUGAGACCCUCUGACGACUGUCAGAGACGGAUCGACGCGGCUGUGGCCGCCAUCUGUGCCGCCCUGCAGUACUCCAGGGAGCUCCCCACGGUGACAGGUGUAGCCACGGGUGGCUCCUAUGGCCGAAAAACAAUCUUAAGGGGCAACUCCCACGGCACCCUUGUCGUCUUCGUCAGUGACCUGGGACAGUUCCAGGAUCUGAAGAGGAAAAACCAACAUGAAAUCCUCAACAAAAUCUUCAAGCGGCUGAAAGACUUCCAGCUCGAGAUGCAGCUAGAGGCGAAGAUGGAGAUCAAGGGGUCCUAUGGGGGGCUCACCAUCCAGCUGUCCACAGAAAGGCAGAGCGUCACUUUGGACGUGCUGCCUGCCUUCGAUGCUGUGGCCUUAAGCGACAAGCCCAGCCUCUGGACCUACCGAGACCUCAAAGGAGCCCUGGAUAUGACCCAAGCCAGGCCCGGCGAGUUCUCCGUCUGCUUCACAAAACUCCAGCAGAAUUUCUUUAACUACCGUCCCAGGAAGCUGAAGGAUUUGAUCCUCUUGGUAAAGGCCUGGUAUCAACAGUGCCAGGAAAAGCUGAGGGACGCACCCCUGCUGUCCUGGUAUGCUCUGGAGCUGCUCGCAGUCUACGCCUGGGAGCAGGGGUGCGGGGCAAAACAGUUCGAUCUCGUCGGAGGCGUCAGAACGGUCCUGGAGCUAAUCAAGCGGCCAGAGGAGCUGUGUGUCUACUGGACGGUCAACUACAGCUUCGAGGAUGUGACCGUCCGCAACGUCAUCCUGAGGCAGAUCCGAUCCCCAAGGCCAGUAAUCUUGGAUCCAACCGACCCGACCAAUAACGUGGCCAAAGACAAGACGUGCUGGCAGCUGCUGAAAGAAGAAGCUCAACUCUGGCUGUCUUCUCCCAGCCUGAAAGAGUCACCCGGACCAUCUUGGAAUGUUCUGCCAACACCGCUUCACGAGACCCCGGGCCACCGUCUGGAUGCGUUCAUCAAGAGCUUUCUGCAGCCCAACCAGACUUUCCUAGAGCAGGUGAACAGUGCCGUUGACAUCAUCUGUACAUUCUUCAAGGAACAAUGCUUUCGGCAUUCAACUACCAAGGUUCAGAAGUGUGUCAAGGGGGGGUCGACCAGCAAAGGCACGGCUCUGAAGACGGGCUCCGACGCGGACAUCGUCCUGUUCAUCAACUCGCUGCGGAGCUACGCCUCCCAAAAAAACGAGAGAAGCAACGUGGUCAAGGAAAUCCGAAAAGAGCUGAAAGCCUUUCAGCGGCGAGAAGCCCGCCGGCAGAAGUUCCAAGUGAAGUUUGAGGUUUCAAAAUGGAAUGCCCGCAGGGUGCUGAGCUUCUCCCUCAAAUCCAAAGAACUCAGCGACGGCGUUGACUUCAACGUGCUGCCGGCAUACGACGCGCUAGGUCAAGUGCAAGCUGGCUUUAGACCACCCCCCAGGGUCUACACUGAGCUCAUCUCUGUGUAUAAAAGCUCCAACAUCGGGGGAGAAUUUUCGACCUGUUUCACGGAGCUGCAGCGUAACUUCGUUGUCUCCAAGCCCACCAAGCUGAAGGACUUAAUCCGCCUGAUGAAGCACUGGUACAAACAGUGUGCAAGGAAACUGAAAGGAAAGGGGUCUCUGCCCCCGAAGUACGCCCUGGAGCUGCUCACCAUCUACGCCUGGGAGCACGGCAGUGGGGCGCUGGAUUUCGACACGGCCGAGGGUUUCCAGACGGUCCUGGAGUUGGUCACGCGGUAUCAGCAGCUCUGCGUCUUCUGGACGGUCAAUUACAACUUUGAGAACGAGGUCGUGAAGGACCUCCUGCUGACCCAGAUCCGGAACACCAGGCCUGUGAUCUUGGACCCAGCCGAUCCUACUGGCGACGUGGGCGGAGGGAACCGUUGGUGCUGGCAUCUUCUAGCACAAGAAGCUGACGAGUGGCUGUCCUCCUCUCUGUGUUUCAAAGACGGGACUGGGGCUCCCGUGCCGCUGUGGAAGGUGCCGCCAAUGCAGACACCAGGAAGCUGCGGGGUCAACAUACACCCUAUUGUCAAUGAGAUGUUCUCAUUGAGAAUUCAUGGCAUCCUACCCUGAAAAUGCUAGAGCCUUCUAGAGGUCGCCUGGCAGUUGCUUUUGAAGAACCUGCUCGCUGUGUGGAAGUGUAUCCCAGACCGAUUCCUGCCCACAGCUCCUUCCCUCGAGUCUCUGAACCCUCUUCAGGUUGAGACCGCCACGACCUUCUCAUACAGUCCCGCCAACUCCCCGAGAGACCCUCGUUACAAAUAUUUGCUCUCAAGCCCUGGCUGGCGUAGCUCAGUGGAUUGAGUGUGGGCUGCGAACCAAAGCAUCACAGGUUUGAUUCCCAGUCAGGGCACAUGCCUGGGUUGUAGGC